AUGUCGCCGAGAAAUGAGUCUGCGUCGCCAAAGGCACUCCUGGUUAUCGGUCCCAAGCGAUCCAGAAUCAGUCCGCAGGACCUUGUAGAGCUUCGUUCUGAUAUCACGCAAACGCCUGAACUAGGAUACUUGAAGGAAUCAGUUGCAAGUCUUGAGCUUUUGUGGCCCGCUAUUGUCAAAGCGUGUCCCCAAUCUGAAAAGAUCAACGGCCUGGAAAGCCUCAGCAGUCUUAAUGAGUUCCUCGCAGGAGGCGAGCUAUCUCGCUUGACGAAGCAAAUCUCCCAGCAUAACAACUUUCUCGUGGAUGUUGUCACAAUACUUUUGCAUAUAAUUGAGUUUUGGCGUCUAGCUACAACCAAGAUAGAGAACGUGCUUUUCAGUUCCAGACCUGAUUCGUUCGGCCGUCUACAGGACAUUCAAGGCUUUUGUCUAGGCUUUUUGACCGCCGCAGCAGUGUCAAGCUCUUCAGACCUGAACGCUUUUAGAAAGAAUUCAACAACGGCUCUGCGAAUUGCUGUUUCUAUUGGCGCUCUUGUGGAGGCGGAUGCCAUGAAGGCAGAGAGUUCGGGGGAUCGGGCUAAGUCAUUGUCCGUGGAUUGGAAUUCGCUGGCUGAAUGGAACUUACUCAACGAAAUUUUGAGCACACAUCCUGAUGCUUAUAUCGCUUGUAUAACUGACAAAUCCCGUGCGACGGUCACACUACGUAGCCAAGAUAUCAACAACCUGAAACAAUUAUUAGUGGCAGGAGGAUUAUCAAUCCAGGGCCUGAAUUUCGAAGGUCGCUAUCAUUGUCAAGGAGCGUAUUUGGAUGGCGCUCGUGAGUUGGCAGAAAUGUUCAAGCAAGAUCCACGCUUCCAACUGCCUAACGCGACCGAUUUGGUCCUGCCGCUGCGGUCAAAUAUAGAUGGCGAGCUCAUCUCCGAGGGAGCUUUGCAUGAAAUCGCAUUGAACUGCAUUCUAUUAGAACAGUGCCAAUGGUAUGAGACAGUGAACCGCGCUGCUGCAUAUAGUGCUGUUCCGGCAGAUAAGAUUAUCCGCGUUGGUGUAGAGGCAGUCGUACCUCGGUCAUUGACGAAGUCGUUGUUGCCGAAUGGCGCGAGCAAUACCGUUGCUCACGUAGGCGAUGAUCAAUUAGAUGACGGGUCUUCGAUCGCUGUCAUUGGCAUGGCCUGCCGGUAUCCGGAUGCUGAUUCUCUAGAAGAGUUCUGGGAACUGAUAAGCACUGGAAAAUCGGCGGUGAGUCCGCUUUCGGCAGAUCGGUUCAGCAUGUCUGAGGUAACCCGCGAGCCCAAAAACACGUUUUGGGGCAACUUCCUACGCAGUGUCGAUCAGUUCGAUCAUCGUUUCUUCGGUAUAUCCGGCCGCGAGGCGAAAUACAUGGAUCCUCAACAGCGUCUUGUAUUGCAAGUGGCAUAUGAGGCCCUUGAAUCAGCAGGCUAUUUUGGCAUAAAGUCGUCAGCUAGACCUUUCGCCUCUGAUAUAGGAUGUUAUCUCGGGGUUGGCUCCGUGGACUAUGGAGACAAUAUUGCAUUGCAGGAUGCCACUGCAUUUUCAGCACUCGGAACAUUGCGCGCGUUCAUUAGUGGGCGAAUAAGUCACUUCUUCGGUUGGAGUGGCCCAUCGAUCACCUAUGACACAGCUUGCUCAUCCGGGGCCGUAGCAAUUCACGCUGCCGUUAAUGCUAUCAAAAGUAAUGAAUGUUCAGCAGCUCUGGCUGGCGGUGUUAACGUUAUCACGAGCCCGGCGUUGUUCCAGAAUUUAGCUGCUGCAUCCUUCUUGAGUCCCACUGGUGCUUCCAAAGCUUUUGAUGCCAGCGCCGACGGAUAUUGUCGGGGCGAAGGAGCUGGUCUGGUGUUGUUGAAGUCAUUAGAACGCGCUCGUGCUGACGGUGAUUCGAUACUGGCCAUUAUUACCGGCUCUGCAGUUAACCAGGGAUCAAAUUGCACCCCAAUUACAGUCCCGGUCUCAGAAUCUCAAAGUACAUUGUAUGAGAAAGCACUUUCGAUAUCCAGGACGAAUCCAAAGGAUGUUAGCUAUGUCGAGGCCCAUGGUACAGGGACUCCUGUUGGCGACCCUAUCGAAUGUGAGAGCAUUCGUAAAACCUUUGGAGGCCGAGAUCGCAAGCACGAGCUAUUCCUCGGCUCAGUCAAAGACAAUAUUGGACAUACUGAAGCUGCUUCCGGGGCCGCGGCGCUAAUCAAGACAAUUUUGAUGUUUCAAAAACGCGAGGUGCCCAAGCAGGCGAACUUUUCGCAACUCAAUCCUAAGAUAUCUCCAUUGGAACCUGAUCAUAUGACCAUACCUCGCCGGACACAGAAGUGGAACGCCCCUAAGCGUAUUGCAGUUGUCAAUAAUUACGGUGCAGCGGGUAGCAAUGCCGCCAUAGUGGUACAAGAGUCUGGACUUGAAUACAACAUGGCGGCCACAAAUGGCUAUGAAUCUAUCAUUGCGGCUGAGCUACCAUUCUUCAUUUCCGCAAAAACUGCCGACAGCCUUCGCCAGUACUGCUCUGCUUUGAGUGCUACUUUACCAAAUAUCGCAAAAGUCCACGGCAUAGCGGCAGUUUCAAACCUCGCUUACAACUUAGCGGCUAAGUCGAACAGAGAAUUCAGAUACAGCUAUAACUUUAUUGCCUCUACCCUCGAUGAGGUAGCCACCAACCUUCUUGAAGCACAUUCAGUUGAUUUCUCGGAAAUGCCUGAGCAUCAACGUCCUGUUGUUCUUUGCAUUGGUGGGCAAACUGGCAGAGUUGUACAUCUUGAUGAAGGACUAUAUCGAAAUAGCAAGGUGCUCCAAAAGCAUUUGAAUGAUUGCGAGCAAGCAUGCCGGGAACUUGAACUUCCCAGUCUGUUUCCAAGUAUAUUCAGUUCCGAACCGAUUCAAGAUCUGAUAGGUCUUCAUUGCUCUCUGUUCGCUUUUCAAUAUGCCAGUGCAAAGUCUUGGAUAGAUUCCGGAAUGAACGUAGACACUAUUGUUGGCCACAGCUUCGGUCAAUUAACAGCGUUGGUAAUUGCUGGUGGCCUCUCCUUAGUGCAUGGGCUGCGUUUUGUCUCCGAACGAGCGCGCCUCAUCCAGUCAUUUUGGGGACAGGAAACUGGGGCUAUGCUCUCGGUGCAGGGAGACAACAGUACACUAGACCAGCUGAUUGAGAUUACCAAGUCUCAUUAUCCCUCUCUGAUAGCUGAAGUUGCAUGCUACAAUGGCCAGCAGACAAGGGUUCUAGCUGGAGACGGAGCGUCCAUCGAUGCUGUGGAGGAGACGGCCAAAACUCAUAACUUUUCUCGACGCCCGAAAGUAGUUCGACUUAAGAGCACACAUGCUUUCCACUCAAGUUUUGUGGACGAUAUACUGCCAGAUCUUCGUAAAGUGGCAGCCACCCUUGAUUUCCAAAAGCCACUCAUUCGAAUUGAGGCUUGUUCCCAGGACCAGGACUGGAAUCAUCCGAUUGACGCCGAGACGCUUGCACAGCAUAGUCGAAUGCCAGUAUAUUUCUACAACGCUAUUCAGAGAAUUGCUGCCAGACUCGGACCGUGUGUAUUUCUCGAAGCCGGUUCAGCGUCACCUAUUGUUUCCAUGGCCCGACAAACGUUGACUGCUGCUGCUGAAUCCGACAGCAAGUUCGUAUUCCAGGCUAUUGAAAUUGGACCAGCCGAUUCUAUUGGUAAACUCGCCAAGGCCACAAGCAACCUGUGGGCGGCUGGUGUAAGAGUGCAAUACUGGCCAUUCCACCACCACCAAAAGGGAUGUUUUGGCUGGAUCAACUUGCCGCCAUAUCAAUUUCAGAAGAGUACCCAUUGGCUUGAAUAUGUUGCCACUCAAUCUGCCAAGACCAACCCUACACACCCCAAGACUGCGGACAAGGAAGGUGUCCCACAACUUCUUGUUCUAAACGCACGCAACGCAGCAGGUAUCUCUACCUUUCUCGUAGAUACUAUGCAUGAGAUGUUUAAAUAUUGUACGGAAGGCCACGCAGUUCUGGGGCAGAGCCUCUGCCCAGCUUCCAUGUACGUCGAACUUGCCAUCCGAGCAGCUGAUUAUCUCCGCAACAACAAAUUACAGCCAAAAGCCCCAUGUGUUAGAGAGCUCAAAAUAUCGUCUCCGUUGUCAAUUAGUCCAGCAAGCAUUGUUCUGCUGCAGUUGCACCCCAUUAACAAUGAGUCCGAUGUAUGGAAAUUCACAGUCCUUAGCCAGGGUCAAUCAGAUGCAGCAACAUCCAUCAAGCACGCGACUGGAAUCGUGUCAUUACUAGCGUCAGAGAAAUACUUCGAUAAUUCACACUUGCAAUUUAUCCAACGCUUGAUCAGCCAAGACAAACGGAAAGAGCUGGCUGACUCCCCUGGCUCACAAAUCCUUAACGGACACAUCGUGUACCAAGUAUUCGGUCAGGUUGUCAAUUAUGCAAACUAUUACCGUGGAGUGUGUCAAAUUGCUUCCAAUGGGGCGAAUGCUGUUGGUCUUGUCAAUGUGCCUGGUACUCAACCGAUGGUCAUGAGUGAAGCCAGGUGCGAUCCAAUCAUACUCGACAACUUUCUUCAAGUUGCAGGAAUCCAUGUGAAUUGUCUGUCGGAAAGAGACGUGGACCAAGUGUUUGUCUGCACAGAGUUGGCCGAGCUGUAUUUGAGCGACACCUUUCUGACUAAGCGACGGGACACCCAAUCGUACAAAGUCUAUACAUCCUUUCAUCAAGGCAUGGGUAAAACUCUUGUCAAUGACAUUUUCGUUUUGGAUUCCGAGACUGACGACCUGCUGGUUCUGUUUCAGGGCGCUAUAUUCCACAGCGUACCAAUGAAAUCCCUUGCAAGAACCUUGGCAAAGUUGAACAACAGGAACUCAACAUCUGCGGCACAGCAGGACUCUGAGAUGGAGGACCAAAACCCUGUCAAAACAAAACUCAGUCUUGUCGCUUCCAAAAGCGAAGAUCAUAUCACGGAUGAGGGCAAGUAUAUUGCAACUGACUUACGCAAUACGGGGUGUGGCGCAUUGACGUUCUCGCGGAUACGUGAACUGUUGAGUAGAGUCAUUGAAGUCUCCAUUGAAGAUAUAAAGCCAACCACGACUUUGGCUGAUCUUGGCAUCGACUCUUUGAUGAGCACCGAGAUUUUGAACGAGGUCAAAAAUCAGUUUGAUUUUGUCAUCCCGGCCGAGCAGUUCCUAGCACUUGAAGACGUCCAAUCAUUCGUCCAACUACUGAAUCCUGGAGAAGCGCCCACUAUCAUCUCGAGACAGCAGGCCACCACGUACCCACUAGCAGUUGGCCAGAGCGACCUCGCUGCCUCUUUCGCACAAGUCCAAGAACUGCUAAGCAACCUUCUGGGUGUGUUGGCUCAAGAGAUUGCGGCGGAUACCCCAUUGGCCGACCUCGGCAUUGAUUCCUUGAUGGCGACCGAAGUUCUGAGUGAGAUUCACAAGAAAUACGGUGUAACGAUCCUAGCCGAGGAGUUCCAAAAGUUUGAUAACGUGCUCGCAAUCACCACGCGAAUUCAGACUUUGGCCAUGCUCUCCGCAGGUGAUCUCACACCACCGCUGUCGUGUGAUGAGAUGGGGCAGGCGGAUGGGAAUACCGACGUAAUUCAUGUGGUAAAUAAGAAUCAAGAUAUCUUUGCAUCAAUCGCUCAGAACAGCUUCCUCAGCGUCAAGCGGGAUUUCGAUUCAAUAUUGCGGAGCCAGAAAUUUGCCGACUUCUAUGAGCGGGUUUAUCCAGCACAGAUGCAGCUUGUCAUUACUUAUAUAGUCGAAGCUUUUGAGAUAAUGGGCUGCCCUCUAACCAAGUUUAGUCCAGGCGAUGCCAUUCCAGAUAUUUCGGUGCUUGGCAAGCACCAAAAGGUAAAGCACCGACUCUACCAGAUCCUUGAAGAUGGAGACCUCAUCAAGCAAGGAGCCAAGGGUAGCUUCGUUCGCACUGCGACUCCGAUACGCUCUGAAUCUUCAGCGCGGCUCCACCAAGCAAUCAUAGUCAACUUCCCCCAGCACACUUUUGAACACAAUCUCCUAGCUUCAACAGGAGCUAAAUUGGCUGAGUGUCUCACAGGCCGAAAUGAUCCUUUGGCUAUCCUUUUCGGUACCGCUAAGGCACGCACACUCAUGGAGAACGUCUAUACGCAUGCACCAAUGUUCAAAGCUGGUACAGUCAAUCUAACGCGAUAUAUGGUGAGGAUGCUCGAAACAAUUCCUGGAACCCGGCCUAUUUCCAUACUCGAACUUGGAGCAGGUACGGGUGGCACAACGAAGCACCUGCUUGAAUGCCUUGUUGCUACUCGAAAGGACGUCCAGUAUACGUUCACUGACCUUUCAGCAUCAUUGGUGUCUGCAGCUCGUAAGAAAUUCGCUCAAUAUGAUUUCAUGCGCUAUGCAGUCAUGAAUAUCGAAGAGGACCCUGCGUCACAGUUCCUCAACAAAUACGACAUUGUGAUCUCUACCAACUGCAUUCACGCCACUAGAGACCUGACCCGAUCAUGCACAAACAUAAGAAAAUGUCUUCGUCCGGAUGGUGUCCUGUGCCUCGUCGAGCUAACCCGCAACCUCUUCUGGUUUGAUCUCGUCUUUGGGCUCUUGGAAGGCUGGUGGCUCUUUGAGGACGGUCGGGAACACGCGCUAGCUAGCGAGACUUUAUGGCAAAGCCAUCUGUCAAGAUCCGGGUUCAGCUGGACGGACUGGACUGUAGGCGUCUCGGAAGAGUCCAACAUUUUGCGUGUGAUCACCGCCUCGCCUAGUAAUUCCUUUGAGUCAAUCGUGAUGGAGACGGUUCCGAUAAAGCGCAUCGAUGAUGUCUUGCUUGAGGCUGACAUUUACUAUCCGGAGGAACGAGACUGCGGUAACCAGGCCCGUCCGGUAGCUCUGAUGAUACACGGUGGUGGGCAUGUUAUGCUAUCCCGCAAAGAUAUCCGCCCGCCUCAGACCCGCAUACUGCUUGAGGCUGGUUUUCUUCCUGUCAGCAUUGAUUAUCGCCUCUGCCCGGAAGUGACUCUUUUGGAUGGUCCUAUGCAGGAUGUAUGCGAUGCACUUGAUUGGUCACGAAGAGUUCUCCCUCAAUUGCCACGUCGUCGACGCGACGUGCGUGUCGAUGGAGACCGCGUUGUUGCUGUGGGGUGGUCGACUGGAGGCCACCUUGCCCUUACGUUGGGCUUCACUGCGCCAUUACGGAGUAUCAGACCUCCCGAAGCUAUUCUCGCAUUCUACUGUCCUACCGACUACGAGGAUUCUUUUUGGAAACAGCCCAAUUUUCCAUUCGGUCUGGAAGCCGACUCUGAAGUGUCGUAUGAUCUGUUGGAAGGGGUAUAUGACCACCCUAUCACUGCGUACAACCCAACAGCUACAAAACGGGCAUUGGGAGGGUGGAUGAGUCAAUCAGACCCUCGAUCACGCAUCGCGCUGCAUAUGAAUUGGACUGGUCGGUAUUUGCAGGUUCUGCUGAGGGGCUUGAGCGGUUGUCACAGAGCGCGUGCUAUACCUGGGGCGGACCCCACUGAUACAUUAAGAGACCCGAGCCAGGAAGAAAUUCAGGCCGUAAGCCCGUUAGCCCAGAUCCGGCGAGGAGUGUAUCGUGUCCCAACCUUCAUCAUUCAUGGUACAAAGGAUGAUUUGAUUCCAUGGCAACAGGCUGUGAGAACGUACGAGUCUCUGCAGCAACAGGGUGUGGCGGCAGAAAUUCGAAUUCUGGAAGGCGCGGUGCAUCUUUUCGACCUUUAUCGGUCAUUUGAAAGUGACGAAAGAUCCAGGAAAGCAGUCCAUGAGGGUUAUGAAUUUCUUCAUCGUCAUGUCGUAUAG